GGAAAUGCUCAGCGCAAUUUGAAAUUUGCUAGAAGCAUUGAACACAAUGUCUCAGCUAGUUAACCGGCUAAAGUUUUAAAAUACUUUUGAAAUACGUAAACUUGCAAAUAUUACCAAACUGACGUGAUAAAUAAGCUACGUCGUAACUUCGUCGUACAUUCAUUCGAUUAACAUUAUCCAACGUUAAGUUUUCAGCAGUAUGAGCGUAGCUAGCUAAGUUAGCUAAUUGGCAUUACCUGGCAGUAUCUAGUAUCAGCACUGAACAUUUCCACUGAUUUCUUCAGUAUCUAGUAGCUAGUUAUAUCUAGAGAUAUUUUUCGUUUACCGUUACGGCAAACUUUGGGACAGUCUAAGGUUUAUUAGCUUUAUUUUCUGAGGCGUCCAGAAAAUCACACAAAUUGAUUAAGAAACUAAGUCCGGCUAAGAAGACGGUUGCAAUGUCGCUGCGGGCCCUCAGCCAUUCUGCAGAACACCUAUCCGACGCGCAUAGUAAAGGAGAGAGUUGUUGGACCCCCUUUUGCGGCGCUUCGGACCAGCUCCAUGGUGACUCUUUUGAUCUAAACAAGUCGUACCCUUGCGCGAGGAGGCCUUCGCCAAAGAAGGCCACGGCUCUGCAGCGCUGGCAUCUCCGCGAGCCAUCAGGUGACUCUGUGACCUCUUACAGCUGCUGCUCAGUAGCAGCACAGAACCUACAUGUGAACAGUUUUAUUCUUCCAAAGACUGGCAGUCCAUCCUGCUCUUUGCUGGACUGCUGUGGUGUGUCCUCGUCUUUUCUUGCUCAACUGGCCACUGGAGUCCUCAAGCAGUCCAGGCCUCCUGCCAUCCACAGUCCCAGUAAAGCAGUCCUCACUGUUGAUUCUAAAACCAUGGAGAUAUUGGCUGCUAAUGACCAGGCUUGCAAAUUGUUUGAGUACAGCAGCAAUGAUCUUGUUGGAUUGAAGCUGUCUGGCCUCCUAAGGAAAACCAGUCAAAUCAUGGAGGAAGCCUUGGGAGAGGAGCAUAUUGGGGAUGAUGGGAGUAUGACUGAUGUGUCAGGCAAAGUGGUUGAGGCAGUGAGAAAGUCUGGCACUGCGGUACCAGUUUCAGUAUGGACCAGAGGACUGACCCCAGAGGGACGCCGCUGUCUGGUUGUGAUGGAACGCGUGGAGAGAAUUGCUGCCUGUGUGUCUUUUUUGCAAGACGGGAGGAUCCUCAGCUGUGACCCCACCUUUGCUCAUCUUCAUGGUUACCAGGGUGCUGACGAGGUGACAGGGCUGUCAAUUGGGGAUCUCAUUCCAUCCCUCCGCCUCCCUCCUCACCAAAGGACCUUACCCAAGAUGCUGAGAAUCCAACGCGUAUCCGGUAAAAGCAAGGAUGGCAGCACCUUCCCACUUUGUAUCAAACUCAAGGCUGCAGUGGAUUGUGGGAAAUCUUGGCUGAGGGACCAGUCUGGUGGGGUCAUGCCAGAGAGAGCUGAGGUUGCACCUGUGUCAUCCAGCUUAAACAAGUCAGCUGCUCCAUCACACCCAGAGGAUUCUUCCCCGAGACCACAGUCACACGGAUGCCCAGAGGACAGCUGCCACCCGUCGCCAGGCACAGGUUUGAUCUUCUCCGGGACCAUCUGGGUCUUCACAACGCUCAGCGGACUUCUCACCCUGGAUCCAGCCGGCUCCAUCCGCAGCGUCAGCGACGGCUUUGCCGCUGUGCACUUUGGGUACAGGAAGUCCGAGUUACAGGGAAAGAACAUCACCUUCCUGAUGCCGGGGUUCUACGAGUGUCUGUGUGCGGUGGAGGAGACCUCAAGCCCCCAGCUUCAGCACCUCGAGGACGAGCUCGGGGUCAACUCCUCCUCACAGGGACGUCUCCUCUUCCAUGCCAGCUGCGCCAGCUCUUCCUGCAGCUACACGGAUCACUGUAGACGUUCUGCUAGCGCUAACCAGCCUGGAAGCAUGUCCAGUCAUUCCAGCCUGCCCCUGUUUUUGGAGGGGAAACUGCGAGAUCCUAACACACUGUUGGCUGGGGACAUGGCCAUGGUUCAGCAGGAGACACAGAGCAAGGCCUCUGGGAAGGAGAACAUCUUCACCGGGACCAGCGAUAGGCUGGAGAACCAGGGCAGCGCCCCAUCCACACUGUCCUCACCCACCGUUACCUCCACCCCUUUGGAGGCCCAAGAUGGUACCGCUGAGUUGAUGGAGCAGGCAGCCCUGGGGGGCCCAACGGGCAGCGGGUGUGUGGGUGCCCUCCUGCUGACUCAGGACGUGCAGGUGCCCUGUCCGUCCCCCGCGUGGCCCGGGCACGAGCUCCUCCCGGGGCCCGAUGUUAGCCCCGCCCCUCCAGACCCGGCCGCUCCGGGCCCAGAAGAGCAGGCCCUGCGUGAGCCCAGCGGAGAGCGCCCCCUGCUGGACCGCCCGUGCUCAGAGCGCAAAGACUCACAGAACUCCAGCUUCGAGGUGAUCUCCAUGGGCAGCCGGUCGUCCUCCGGGUUCUGCGAGAAGUGGGCCGGGGGCUCGGGGGCAGACCGCGCAGAGGAUGGACGCCCGGCCCGCGACCCCUUCCCCCCCUCGGACUCCGGCAGCUGCUUUCUGGACGUGGACAUCGACGGGCACGUGAUCACCAGAGCCCUGCGCGACCUGGACCUGAGCGGCAGCCUGGAGCUCCUGCCCGCCGACCUCUCCCAGACGUCCUGCGACACAGCUGAGCUGCUCCGCACCCCCUCCCCGUACGUGGUGGAGUCCGACCCGGAGGUAGAGACCAAAGUGGAGCAGACCACAGGGCCCGCGGAGGGAGGGGGAGCCGGGGGUGCCUCUUCGGAAGCGGUGCAGGAUCGCUGUUCGGACGCGCCCCACAGAAGCCGUGAGUGCGAAGGAGGGGAGAAGAACGUGGGGGCCUGGACAUGCACACAGGCAGACAUUCCAACAACCUCCACCCCAAAGAAGCAGUCACUGAAAGGCCCAGGACCGUCCAUCAAGAAGGGGGAGAUCCUAGAAGGGCGCUACCGGGGAAACUGCUACCACAGAGAUGGAUCCAGACUCAAUGUGCUGUUGGAGAUUCAGAAAACUGAGCUUCCCAACGGUCAGCCCCUCUUCUGCGUGUGGCUGAGGUGCAGCAACAUUGGCCACCAGCAGGGGGUGCUGGUGGGUCUGCAGUCUGACACCGAGAUCAACAGCAGCUCUCUCCAGGACACAUCUGGGCUGAGUCUAGGGGAGGUGAUCCGGGAUGCGGGACGGGGCGAGGCGCAGCGCUCCACCCAGGACCUGGAGCACUCGCGGGCGUGCGAGGGCCAGUUCGGGGAGGAGUACUGCCCCCUGUGUGCCGUGGGGAGAGGAGCCUUCGGCUUCGUCUGGAAGGCCCGCAGGCUCGCCGACGGCAAGGAGGUCAUUGUGAAGUUCAUCCAAAAGGUCCGCAUCGUGAAAGACUGCUGGGUGGACGAUCCCGACAUGGGCCGGGUCAGCCAAGAGAUUGCCAUACUGACCCGUCUCCAGCACCCCAACAUCGUUAAGGUGCUGGAGGUGUUCGAGAACGACCACUUCUUCCAGAUGGUGAUGGAGAAGCACGGGGAAGGGUUGGACCUGUUCGAGUUCAUCGAGCGGCAGCCUCAUCUGGACGAGCCGCUGGCCAGCUACAUCUUCAGACAGCUGGUGGCUGCGGUGGCCUACCUUAGAGGCAAAGGAAUCCUUCACAGGGACAUCAAGGAUGAAAACAUCAUCAUUGACACCAACUUCAACAUCAGGCUCAUUGACUUUGGCUCCGCCGCCGUGCUGGAGCCUGGAAAGCUCUUCUACACGUUCUGCGGCACGCUGGAGUACUGCUCCCCUGAAGUGCUGCAGGGAAACCCGUAUGAGGGUCCUGAGCUGGAGAUGUGGUCCCUGGGGGUGCUCCUGUUCACUCUGCUGUUCAGUGAAAACCCUUUCUGUGAGGUGGAGGAGACUCUGCAAGCACAGCUCCGCCUUCCCUUCCCCGUCUCCUCAGAGCUGCAGGGGCUCUUGUCUGGCCUGCUGCACCCAGAGCCUGGGCUGAGGAGCACCCUGGAGGCAGUGCUGCAGGCUCCCUGGAUCCGCCAGCCCAUCAACCUCGGCCACUACAGCUGGGAGGAGGUGUUUCCCGCCAGUCACAAUUCUCUCCUGUUCCAUGGGUCAGACCAAGGGGCUUCACAGGAAGAUGGGGUGUAUCCAGAUGCAGAGCAGUGCCAGAGCCCUUCCGAGGAAUCCCUUCCAGAUGAGGACGAAGAUGAGGAAGACCAUAGCGCCAUGGUUGCUCUGGAGACAGAACUUCUCAAGUAUCUCGCUGAUGAGUGAUGACUGGAAAGCAGAGCUUUUAAAAUGGCGUCCUGGGGCACUGCAGUGCUUAUAGAGGUACUCAACCCUGGUCCUGGAGGGCUAUGGUAACUCAGGGCUGCUCAACCCUGGCCCUGGAGGGCUAUGGUAACUGCAGGGCUACUCAACCCUGGCGCUGGAGGGCUAUGAUAACUGCAGGGCUACUCAACCCUGGCCCUGGAGGGCCUCAAUAGCUGUAGGGCAAGUCAGCACAAGUCUUGAGGGGACAACUGAAUUUUGAUAAGUUAUUAUUAUUAUUAUUAUUAUUAUUAUUAUUCCCCCUACCGAAGCAAUUAAAGGCAGGUUAAAAUCUGUGAUUUGAAGUGUGGUGCAUUUUUGAGAAAAACAGUUUUUUCAGAAACUGGCAGUAAAGUACCACCUUUUGGCUUGUUGAGGGCAUGUCCUGUAUAUACAAUGACCUGCUCCCACAGUCUAUCAUUUUAGGGGAGGGGGUGUACUGUCAGUAGGUAUGGGGUUUUUUUUAAACGAACUCAUUUUGUCUCUUUUUUUUUAGCCUCUAAACAUGAUUUUUCAUUAUUGAGUUGCUAUGAAGCUUUCAGUUGCCUGUGUUUCUUGGUGCCAUGAGAAGGGUAUUUUGAGCUCUAGGGCUCAUACAGCACUGGGAAACCAAGCUAGGUAUAUAUAAAAUAAAAUAUUCAAGACAUUACAUUGCAAAUCUUACUAGACAUUUUGUCCAGUUUGUUAGCUCAGUUGCUUGAAUCAGUUCAUCUUCUUUUUGACAACUAAUGUGGUCUCUUCAGUUGGAUGUGUGUUUAUGUCUAUACUGGAAAAUCCGCGUGACCCUCAAAGACCAGCAUCCAGUUAUUCCUCUGUUAACACUAACUCCCAACCAAAGACUGCACCAAAUAAAUUCUGGAGUGGAUCUCAGGAUUUUUGUUCUGUAGGUUGUUUUUUAUUGUCACCAUUUGUAUAUAGCUGUGUGAGCAAUGUCACUAUAGAUUGUCUCCUUGAUUAGUCAAGGGAGUUUUUCCUUUUUUUUUUUUUACAUUUUAACCCUGAAUACGACUCAAUUUUGUUAAACACGAUUUUGGUGGUUUUGUCAGCUUUUAGCGAUUGUUUAAUUUUAAAUGUAUUUUAAUAUUUAUAUACAUGUCAAUAAAAAUGUAAGUCUUGUAUGUUAUAUGCAUCACAGGGAAGUUUUUUGCUUGGAUGUUUAUUUACAUGUUGGAGGAUAUUUUAGCACGCAGUGAUUGUCCAGCCAUGUGCAUUGGCCGUCCAGCCACUCUACCUGCUUUGUAAUGAGUUUUUUUUUUUUUUUUUUAGAACACUGAAUAAUACUGUUUGAAGCUGUGUUAUUUCCAUUUGAAAUCAUUUCAAAAAUGCGACCAUGGAUUAAAAUAUUUCAUUGCUGUCUUAAUAAAAGAUUUGAACUGUUAAACUCUA